GUCAAUUUCAUGGCGAGAUUUUUUGUCUCGCAAAAGAAGAUUAAUUAUGUUAACCCCAAUUUUAGAGAUUAAUUAUGAGUUAUUUAUUGUUGACGCGUAUGAUACUUCAAUAAUUGUUGCUUUCAUACUGUUAAAUGUCUUCGAAGAGAGAGUACCAAGUGUCCACAUUUCACUGUAAUUCUAUUUUUUAUGCACCAAAGUCGAAUUCAAAAUUUCACUUGUGUACUUUUGCUCAUGCUCUUUCAAUUUCCGGCUUUCAGAAUUAUCAAACUCUUAGCCACAAAACUCGUAUUUCCAUUUUUUCAGCAUUGAUUGUAGCCGGUACGACAAAUUAAUAAUUUUAAUUAAUAAUUUUUCCAAAGAAAAAUGUCAUUUCAUAUCACGAAUCUCCUAUAAAUACACCUAGUGUUUCCAAAUGCAAACCAUUCAAAGCAGCAAAUCAAAAGAAUAUAAUCUGUUUUGAAACUAGAGGGUUAAUUUAGUCCUCAUCCAAAAUGAAAUACUCAAACAUCAUGAGAUUUGUGGUGAUGUACUUGGCAAUGGUGAUUACCAUUUCACCAUUGGCAAUCAUCUCCGUCCCCGACUCGAGUCCCUCCGCCGUUGAGAGGUGGUUCCGGCGGCUUCCAAAUGCAAGUGAAAAGCUAACAAAGCUUCACUUCUACUUCCAAGACCAAGUCUCCGGCCCAAACCCUACCGCCGUGGAAGUUGCCCGCGCUUCCAUCACCGCCUCCUCCCCACACGUUUUCGGCCUCGUCAGGGUUUUCGACGACCCUUUAACCGUAACCGGAAGCCCUUCCUCAAAGACCAUCGGUUACGGCCAGGGGAUCUACGCCGGCGCGUCGCAACACGACACCAGCCUGCUUUUCACCUUCAACUUUUACUUUACCGACGGCAAGUACGACGGCAGCACUCUCAGUAUCCAAGGACGCAACCCGCUCGGAAACACGUACCGGGAAAUGUCGGUCGUCGGUGGUUCAGGGAUUUUCCGGCUGGCCAGAGGAAUCGCCGUCGGGUCGACUUACUGGGCUAACGCCACCACUCAAGAUGGUAUCGUUGAGUUCACUGUUUAUGUCCUCCAUUAUGAUUCUCCUGCUGUUUCCGAUGAGGGAUACGUCGAGGACAUGUAAAAAAAUCCCGAUGACGGUACUCUUCUUUCCGAUUGCUUUGUUUGAGUUUCUCCGGCAAUCUGGUUGUUGUUGGUUUUGGUGUUUUGGCGCUGUUGUGGAAAAUAAGCUGCCAAUGUUUCUUUAUUGGCAGUAAAAUAAUGUUGUAGUAGCCUUUAAGGUGAAUUUUCCACUUCAAUUUCAGUGAAAGCUCUAUACAUCGUACGUGCAUGGCAACUAACAGUGCAUAAUUAAAAUACGUACGUUUCUUUUAAUAAUUUUAUAUUUCAAAAUUCGAACUCUUAACUUACAAAGUCACGGCGGUUUCUUUAGACAUUAGCCUCCUUCAUUGUAAAAAAAUAAUAAUAAUAAAAAAUUAAUCCGUAUCUUAGUGACUUUUCAAUUAUGUGAAAGUGAGUCUCUCUGUAAAGUUCAGUCCCAAAUAACUAAAGUCACAUAGUAUUCUCAGUGUUUGUUGGUGUAUACUUAAUGGCAGGGAAUUAUGUAGGCAGCUUUCUUAAUAUUAUGAUCAAAUCUAAUCUAAUUUCUAAACAAGUCAUGUUUAAAAAAAUAAAUAAAUAAUGAACCGGCCGGUUUAAUGAAGUGUGGACUUUCGUUUCGUUCUAUGUUUCGUGCUUUUGUUCUUCAGAUAUGUUUUAAGAUGGACCAUAUCAUAAAUGACGUGUGGUAAUUAACACCAACUACACUAUUUUAUUUUACUUGCUAAAUCAAUUUUAGAGAAGUCAACUUGCCAUCGAAAAUUCAAACCCCAAGGCUUCUUUUUAUGAUAAAGUUCGAGUUCACCCUUAAAAGUCAAAAUUUUUUUACCUCAUUCUUUUGUAUUCGGAAUGGAAUUUUAGUGGUAAAGUGGUAGUAAUUAAUUUGAAGCAUACAAACAACUUUGCAGAGAAAUAUGGUUGGAAAGAGCUGGAGAGCUUAGUUUACUUAAGUCCACCACAAUGAAGUUCUUUUGGACAAAAUUUCUAGCAAAAACCACCAGUGGCAGAAUCAGCCUGGAGGGAGCUAGAACAUGUUAUAUUUAAUCAAUUAAUAAAGACAUCAUGAAUUUCUUC